AUGUCGCAUACCACCAAGCAGCUGAAGAAGGCGGCGCGCAUCAUUCUCAUCGGUGCUCCAGGGGUAGGAAAGGGAACGCAGUCAGAGAGACUCCUCGCCCGCUUUCCGCAGCUAGCUUCCAUCAGCUCCGGGGACCUUUUACGGGAGAAUGUGCGCCGGAGGACACCGUUAGGUGAGUUGCAUGAGAUUCUUUUCCUGAAUAAUAGCACGACAAAGAGCAUUGGGCUGAUAGAAGAGACAGGCCUCGAAGCCGAGGCUGCAAUGCAGUCCGGCAAUCUCGUUCCAGAUUCAAUGAUUCUCAGUCUUAUUUCUUCCGAGCUGAAAUCCAAGGGCUGGCUCCCUCCGUCGUCUUCUCUCUCGGAAACAUCUUCUACAUCCCCAGCACCCUCAUCACCAGUAUCUACCGACUCGGUUCCUUCAUUAUCCUCCUCCGCCUCCUUCAUCCUCGACGGCUUCCCGCGCACCGCUGCCCAAGCCACCAGCCUCGACACCAUAGUCCCCGUGAACUUCGUCCCUUCAGGCCGGGUCUAUAACACAGAUUUCAACGCGCCGAAAGUCCCCGGGAAGGACGAUAUCACAGGCGAACCCUUAACCCAAAGAGAGGAUGACUCGAUUGAUACCUGGAAGCAACGACUACAGAAGUUCGAAGAGACCAGCCGAGCUCUCCUCCAGCACUACGACCGUCGUGGUAGCCUUUGGCGUGUCGAGGGCAACUCGAGCGACGAGAUUUCUCCUCAGUUAUUCGCAGAGGUUGAGCGGCGGUUCUGCUAG